AUGUUUUUACGACCGUGCCUUUUUGUUCCAGGUUCACUCGCAUUGAGGGACGUCAAAUUAACGAUACCGGCGGCAGUCGAGAGAGGAAAACAAGCGAAAUUACAUUGUAAUUAUGACAUGGAAGGUGAACCGCUGUACGCUGUUAAAUGGUACAAAAGCGAUAGGGAAUUUUUUCGAUAUACGCCCUUAGAUUCGCCGCCGUAUAAACAAUUUGUUACCCCAUACGUUAACGUCGUUCGGAAUCUUUCAAAUGGGUCGUUUGUUGUAUUAGAUAAUGUAGCGAUAGAGACUAGUGGGAAGUAUAGCUGUGAAAUUUCUGCGGAUGCACCAUCGUUUUUUACUAUAGACGCUUUUGGACUGUUACAGGUCGUAGAGGUACCUAAGGAAGGUCCAAUUAUUAAGGGGUUGAAAUCAAGAUAUCGGUUAAACGACACGUUAAAGGCAGAAUGCACGUCAAUCAAAUCGCCCCCCGCCGCUAAUUUGACAUGGUUUGUUAACGACUUCCAAGUAGAUCCAGUUCAUUUACGCCGAAAUAGGGCGCAUCCAUCGCCGGAUGGGUUUUAUAGCCCACGUUUAGGAUUACGUCUGCUCAUUACCAAGCAAUUAUUUGUAAACGGUCGAUUGCGAAUACGGUGCUUGGCCAGUAUGCACGACAUCUACACUAAAAGCUCAGAAGUUAGUGUCGAAAUUGAAAAACCAAAAUUUAGGUAUAAGACUACGCCAAUGCCAAUUUUUCAAUGGGAGGACGCACAACCCGCGGAGAGGUAUCCACACACAACUCUUGUCUUCGCACCCUCGACGAACAACAACGAUCCGGAUACCGGCAGCAGUCUACACCCCAAACUCUUGUUAGUGUACUUUCCAAUGUUAUUAGCAAUUAGUUGUGUUUUCCGGUGAAGCUUAGCAAAUUAAUUUAGAACUCCGUAACUAAGUCAAUCUUUGCUGUUAACCACUUCCACGAAUUAUGUGUGAUAUCUAACUAUAAAGCAUAAUAUAAUGAGGUUAUAUAUUUUAAUGGGUUCCUUUCGCAAAGAAAUAUGUUGUUAGACGCAAGAAGUUUACUGAAAGACGGGAUAUUACGGGUUGUAAAGGCUCAAGGAACUUUCACAAAUUGCUAUACGAAUAGAUAUUGAUCUGUUUUGACGAUUUCAGUAAUACUUCUCCGCCGACAGGCUCCGCUCAGAUGUGUUUUGUGUACUUAUACUGUAUGAUUGUAGCGAUGUAGCUACAAUCAAAUCGUAGGUAUACAUACCAAAAUUUAAUAUUAUUAAUAACAUUUGUUGCAAUAAUAUUUAGGAUUAUUAAAUGAAAACUUCAGUACCUGUUUAUAUGAUUUUGUGUAUUUCUCUCAGCGCCAUUUUAGUUGCAUAACUUUUAAGUCAAAUUGUGUUGACUAUAUGAUUGUUAUUUGUAUACAUUUUUAUGAUAGGCGUGUUUGGCAGGAAAUAUAUUUUGUUACCUAACUCGUAAAU